GUGCCACAAGCGGAGGAGCGAGCGCCGACCAGGGCGGGGAGUGAGGCGCGCGGCGGUCAACCGUGACGCCAUGCCGAGCCGCCAUAUUGCUGCCACCGUUCCCGCCAUCGCCGAGUGUCCAGGCUGCGAGGAGAUGCAUCAACGGUGAGUCCGCGAUACGAGGAACGCGGCACCGAGUAACGGAAAAUAGAGCGGGACGCGUGUUUGUCGGUUCGAGCGAGGCCUUUGGAGGGCCGCAUAACAACAACAGCCGUGACUUCGAGGAGCACGAGCAAUAUCUGCACCUUCCGCGUGGUGCCGAUAUAUCUAUUUAUUCCGUUGACUGUGAUAUUAUAUGUUAUUUAUUUUAUAGGUGUUUUACUCUUUUACGUUUUAUACUCUUUUACGUUUUACUCUUUGUACAUAUUUUAUAUUUUAUACCGCGCUUUCUGAUCACGUCGUCGCCGGCACUACGCGGAGGUUUCCUCGCUCGAGCCGGCAAACACAGUAUUCGGUAUACAGGAGUGACGUCCCCGCGCUCACGUCAAUAUUCCUCGUGGCACCGGCAAUUAACAAAAUAUUCUCGCGCGAGCCGGAUAGCACACGAGGAGUUGACGUGUUUGCUCGGUGCCGCUCAGUCGCGGAUCACUCGGGCGGCCUAGAGCGAUAUACCUGUGAGAACUCUGAAACUCGAAAAUUCCCUAGGCCGCCUACCGUAAGGGCAGUGCCACUUAAAGUCGCGUUCACAGGAUUUGUCUAUACAUGUAUUAUUUAUUGAUUGUACGCUUUUAAACCGUGUGUCGUCAUAUUUAUUUUUAUUUUUAUUUACGUUUUAAUUACAUAUUUUUAUACUCUGACACAGUAUCUUGGUACUCUGUCUUUUAAUUUAUUGAUAACUUUUAUUUAUUCUUUGUACAUAUUCUUUCAUUUUAUACUGCUGUGAGCGCCUUUUACUACAUAAUUUAUUCUCAUUGUUAUUUAUACGAAAGAGGUGGUACUGCCCUUAAUCGCGCAAAUAUGGAUGCUCCCCUCGAGGUGGUCCUCGCUUACCCCAUCGAAAGCAGAGUAGUCUGUCCGCGCUGCUGGGGAAGCGGGGAACUAGGUGUGAGGACACGAGGCGACUUCUGCGACCCGCCGCACUUAGCGAAGCAUCAGAAGGCGAAGCAUCCCGGUGACACUAUCACGUACAAGUGCAGCCUGUGCGAAUUCAGGGGGUCUGGCCGCUACCCGCUGAAAGCGGUAAAAGCGCACUAUGACAAAGAGCACGGCGGCCACCGGGAUGAGUCGCCUGCCACAGUGGCGGGCGCGGAUGCUGGUCGAGCGCAAAAUAGCGGUAGAUCGCGCGUCGGGAGCGCUUCCAACGCGGGUGUGCGGACUCGUGCGGCGGCCCUGCCGGGUACGAGUAGUGUAGGGGCUGCCGAUUCGCGGCGACUCAGGCGCAACCUCCCCGCGGCCACUCCGUCGCCGCAACAUGCACCCCUAGCGGCGACAACAACAGCUUCCACGACUUCAGGGAGGUCCCCCUCGUACGCGGCCGUGACAGCGGGUCCCUCCACCCGACCAGUGAGAGCUCCGUCGCUGACCGCCGGCGCGGGUGGCGCGGCGGUCGCGGCGACGAGGACGACGACAGCGAGGAGGAGCAGCACGGCCGUAAGGAGAGGCGCCAUCGGGACGGCCGCCACAGCGGCGACAGGGGCCACGCCGCCCAUCGCCGGUAUCGCCGGGGGCUCCAGUGAUGCAAGUUCAGCGGAGAGAAGGAGACCCUGGAGACCCCCGGUGCCUGUGCCCGUGUGUUCGGCUUGCGGAGUGCCGACACGGCCCUCGGGUACUCCGCCGCAGCCGAAUCCGCUCCGUGUCACCAGGUCGGCGCGCGUUCCCCCGCAUAAACCGUCGAACACCAGCAGCGGGGGAACGGGAGGCGCGCCGUCCGUGAAGAGGAGGCAGAAGGGUGCGGCUAGGCCGGUGCACGUUUCCCCCCGCUCUCCGCAGACCAUCGCGGAGAGCCAGCAGACGAUCGGCACAUCACGGGGGGGAAACAGAAGCGGAGGGUCGCCCCCAGCAGCAGCAACGACGUCAGCUGCCGCCCUUGUGGGGGCGCCCAGUGCACCGGUCGCGAAGAGCACCCCGGAGCGGACCGUCGCGUCGCGGGGGACCGCGAAGAGGUCCACCAGGUCCCCGCCGGCCAUCACCAUCGCUGCGGCGGCGGCCGGUGUUGCGACGCGGCGGCACGCGCGGCGGAAGGCGUCGCAGUUCGGAGUCGAGCCCGGAGGCGUCUGGCGGCGGGGUUUCAGGACACCUACCCCGCCGUCUUCCCCGGAGGGCUUCUCCGAGGUGCAGGUGGCGGGUGUCUUGGGUCGGAGGAGCGCAACUCCGACGGCCCGGGCGCCCACACCUGCGGUCCCCGCGCAGCUGAGCACGACCACCACGCGCAGCACGCGAGCGGGGACCCGGGCGGCCACGUCAUCGGCCGCCGCUGCGACGUCUUCGCCGGCGACACUCGUCACGUGCACGGUGACCACCUCCGUCUGCGGGGCGCCCGUGAUGUCGACGGGCGUCCCCUCUGCGGCCCUCCGGCCGGUGCCUCGGCUGGAGGGGCUGCAGCCGGAGGAACAUCGGCCCACAACACCACCAGUGGGCCGUCAGCACCAAUCGCCACCAACAUCGGCAGCAUUAGAGUGCAGCGGAGGCUCACCGGCACUGGCGAGUUCUGGGCGGCGGGUGGACGCCCUGUCCAUCACACCGGAACGAGAGGAGGAGCGGCGGUCUUCGGUGGCGCGACGGAGCAUGGAGGGGGACGGGGUGGAGCCGUGGGUGGUGAGCCUGGGGCGAGGAGCGAGGAGGCGCCUCGGAACGGGGUCCCUGGCGUCGACACCGUCUUCGACGCCGACCAGGGGCUCCCCGGUGGGGCUGCGUACGUCGCCGAGUCCUCCACCUAACACGCCGGCGAGUUUCCCACCGCUGCCUUCAGCGGCGGUGGACGUUUCAUCUCCUGUGGCCCCUCCAACUUUGGAGGUGGCCACUAUAAACAUAGUUGAUGGGGAGGCGCGUCGGGGGUCCGCAUCGUCGGGGGACCGCGCGGCCGUGGCGGAGCCUGCACAGGUGAGUGCUGCGAACUCUGACAUAGCACCACCAGCCGCUCCCGUGGAUGUCCGCGGAGUAAUGGGGCGUCGACUGGGGGGGACCGCGUCUGUCGUGGGCGCUCGUAAUGACGGCGAGCGCUGUCUGGCGGGUCGGGGCCGGGAGCCCCGGCGAGGUCACCCGCGACGCGUGGAGGCGCGGCCGGGGGGGCCGUUGCGCGCGGCCGUGCCUGCGCCCGAACCCGCUCAAGGGCGGCGUAGGGAGCGGAACUUGGCCGCGCGCGACGAGCUCGCCCGGCUGGCCGAAGCCGUCGUUGCGCCCGCUGACCUCGAGGACUUGGCGGUGCGAGCUGCCGAGUUCUUCGGGCGAGGCGUGGCGAGCGUGGCCGCCGCCGGGGCAACCGGCGCCACUGAUCGCCCGGGACGGUCGGGGGAGGCCGCUGCGGAUUUCCGGGGGGGGACGGCGGCCGCCCGUGCGCGGGACGACGUCGGGGCGCGGAGGGGACCGGCACCGGCCGGUCCUCGUAACCCACAGGGAGAAGGACGGGGGGACCGGACACGCGAAGCGGCGCGGAUACAGGCGCUGUUCAGGAGGAACCGCCGCAAGGCUGUCAGAGAAGUUGUUCAGGGACCGGCCGACUUUUGCCAGGUGCAGGGUCGGACGGUUCAGGAGCACUUCGAACGACUAUACGGCGGCGGGGAGCGACUGGACGGCCUGCCCGCCGUGGAACCUGUUGACCACUCGAGGCCGGAGGACGUCGCGCUCCUUAUGGCUCCCUUCACGGAGGGAGAGGUGGACCGUCGGCUCAGGCGCAUGACGAACUCUGCGCCUGGUCCCGACGGGAUCGCCUACAAUGAUCUCCGUGCGGCGGAUCCCGGAGCGCGGCUCCUCACAGCGCUGUUCAACGCGUGCUAUCGCCUCGAGGCGGUUCCACCGUCCUGGAAGACCUCCAACACGGUAUUGGUGUACAAGAAGGGCGAUCGGGACUCGUUGGAGAGCUGGCGUCCUCUCGCGCUGGGCGACACAAUGCCGAAACUCUUCGCUGCUGUGGCGGCCGACCGCUUGACCGACUGGGUGAUCGCGAACGACAAGCUAUGCCGGGCUCAGAAGGGUUUCCUGAGGGACGAGGGAUGCUACGAGCACAACUUCGUCCUGCAGGAGAUCCUGACCGACGCCCGAAGGACUCGCCGACACGCGGUGGUGGCGUGGUUGGACUUGUCGAACGCUUUCGUCUCUGUCCCCCAUGCUGCCAUCCGCAGCGCGCUCGUCAGAGCGGGCGUCCCAUCGGGCCUCAUAAACAUCUGGGGCUCGAUGUACGACGGUUGCACCACGCGCGUCCGUGCCGUUGACGGUUUCACCGCGCCCAUUCCCAUUCGCUCGGGCGUGCGACAGGGGUGUCCGUUAUCCCCGAUUAUUUUCGAUCUCGUCAUCGACUCGGUGGUCCGCGCGGCCGCCGAGCUCACUGACGUCGGGUACGAUAUUCUCGGACAAACUUUUAAUAUUCUCGCGUACGCCGACGAUCUGGCGCUUAUCGCGCGCACGCCCGAGGGAAUGAGGCAGCUGCUGACUGCCGUGGAGCUCGAAGCAGGGAGGGUGGGAUUGCACUUUAACCCUGCCAAGUGCGCCUCAUUGCACAUUACCACGGGGCGCAUUGGCAGGGUCCUGCCCACCGUAUUCGAGAUUGAGGGUCGACCCAUGCCGACCCUGGCGGAGGGGGAGCCUUAUCGCCACUUGGGUGUUCCCACGGGAUUCUCGGUCGACCAAACACCCCUCACUACCAUCGAGGGCGUGUUGAAGGACAUCUGGGCGGUUGACGCGUCCCUCCUAGCCCCGUGGCAGCGGGUGGAGGUCCUGGCGGCGUUUAUCCUGCCGAGGUUGGACUUCCUGCUGCGGGGCGCCGCUGUCGAGAAGCGUCCCCUGAGGGCCGUCGAUCUCCAUGUUCGGAGGAUCGUCAAGUCCUGGCUCAACCUGCCGCAGCGCGCGAGUGCGGAGGUGGUCUACCUCCCUCCCAGCAGGGGGGGCUGUGGACUGCUUCCGCUCUCCGAUCUCGCCGACGUGCUGACCAUCGCUCACGCGUUCCGUCUGCUGACGGCGAGUGACGCGGUGGUUAGCGGGCUGGCGUGGGGGUCGCUGCGGGGGGUUGUGGCGAGAAGGAUCGGCCACGCCCCUAGUGACGAGGAAAUCGCCAGCUUUCUCUCGGGCUCGCUCGAGGGUAGGCUGAGGGGCGGAGGGGAGGCCUCGCUAUGGUCGAGGGCGCGAAACGCUGCCCGGAGACAGGCCAAUCGGGCAGCCGUCCGUUGGCGCUGGUCCGAGGUCACUGGGGAAAUGAUCGUGGAAUGCCGUGGCCCAGGAGAGCGAAUCGUGAGGGUCCCUGGAAGCGCCCGCGCCCAGGUGAUCCAUCGCUUGCGCUCGGCUGUGAUGGAGUAUUGCGCGGGAACGCUCCUGCGUAAGCCUGACCAGGGGAAGGUGUUCGAGGUGUCGUCGCGCGUGCCGGUGAGCAAUCACUUCAUGCGCGGCGGCUCGUUCACCCGCUUCGCGGACUGGCGGUUCGUCCAUCGGGCCCGCCUCGACGUGCUCCCCCUUAACGGGGCCCGUCGAUGGGGGACCGUGGACGAGAGGUGCCGUCGGUGCGGGAGGACAGCCGAGACCCUUCCCCACGUCAUCGGUCAUUGCGGCGUGCACGCCGCUGCCAUACAGCUGAGACACGACGCGGUUCUGCACCGCCUCCGUAGGGCUUGCCGUCUGCCGGGUGAGGUGAGGGUCAAUCAGCGGGUGGAGGGCGUCGACGGGGAGCUUGAGGGGUUACGGUCGGAUCUCGUUGUCCGGCACGAGCCCUCCAAGAGUGUCGUUAUAUGCGACGUGACGGUGGCGUUUGAGAACCGUUUGGUGGCGUUCGAGGAAGCAAGGGGGCGUAAAGUUGCCAGGUAUACCCCCCUUGCGGAGGCGCUACGGGCUCAGGGCUACCGUGUGGUCGUGACGGCCCUCGUCGUCGGUGCCCUCGGCUCCUGGUGUCCGAGGAAUGACGCGGUGCUGAGACUGUUGCGCGUUGGCAGCAAAUACGGGUCCAUGAUGCGCCGGCUCAUCGUCUCGGACACUAUACGCUGGUCUAGGGACAUCUAUGUGGAGCACGUGUCCGGAGUUCGUCAGUACCCUGCUCCGCCGCGACCUUCCGGGGAUGGGGGUCCUUUGGUGUCGCCUCCUCAAGCAAUUGGCCGGCGUUAUCCCGACGGCUUGUUGGCACCGCGCGAACCGGAUGUGAAUGUCGCGUAA